AAUGCUUAUUGAAACCAACACCAAAAUAGUCGACCCCUCUUCCUCUUCCCCUACCCUAGAAUUAAAACAUCUUCAUAUUACAUCAGAAAAUUCCAAAAUUAAUUCUAACGGAGCAUCAGACUUGCUUCAAACAAAGUUGGAAGAGUUUGAAGAAAUUGUGGAAAAUAAUAAAAUUGAAAAUAACAAAAUUGAAGAUAAAAUUGAAAAUAAAUUUGAAAAUUCAAUUGAAAAUGCUUUUACUAAUGGAAAUCAUAUAGAAAAUGCUAAAAAACGAAAAGGUUUUUCUACAACAGCGAUUCAUGCUGGUAUUGUUCCACAACGUUGGGACAUGCAUCAAGUUGUCCCCCCAAUUUCCCUUUCGACAACCUACAGACAGCCUAAUCCUGGAGAGCCGAUUGGACAUGACUACUCUCGAGCUGGCAACCCUACCAGAGAUGUUCUUGAAGAAACUAUAGCAGCUUUGGAAGAGGGGAAAUUCGCUCGUGUAUUUGCUAGCGGACUGAGUGCCACAUCUGCUAUGGCAAAUUGGAUUAAUACAGGAGAACACAUAAUUCUCUCAGACGACGGUUACGGGGGGACGCAACGACUCUUUCGCACUGUUAGUCAGGCAAAACAUGGGGUGGAAUUGAGCUUUGUUGAUUUAACAAAACCGGAAGAGUUGAGAAAGGCUUUGAAAUCGAAUACUAGAAUGGUUUGGUUUGAAUCUCCUUCCAAUCCCUUAUUAAAAGUUGUUGAUAUUCGCUUGGUUGUUCAAAUUGUGAAAGAAUAUAAUCCGAACAUUCUUGUUGUUGUUGAUAAUACGUUUAUGUCCCCCUUCUUCCAAAAGCCACUCCUACUCGGAGCAGAUGCUGUAUUGCACUCCAUAACUAAAUAUAUUAAUGGACAUUCUGAUGUUGUGAUGGGUGUUCUUGUUACAAAUAUCAAAGAGCUUGAUAAACAUUUAAACUUUCAACAGCUUGCUGUCGGAGCAAUACCUUCAGCCUUCGACACCUAUUUGGUCAUUAGAGGGAUCAAAACUUUGCAUCUCAGAAUGAAACAACACAUGAAAAAUGCUCUAACUAUCGCUAGAUGGUUAGAAGAGGAUGCUCGAAUCGAAAAAGUUUUGUAUCCCGAAUUGGAAUCACAUCCCCAGCAUUUAAUACACAAAAAACAGUCUAGUGGGAUGUCGGGAAUGAUUUCUUUUUAUUUACGUGGAGGUAUUGAAGAAUCGAGAAUCUUUCUUUCUAACUUGAAGCUAUUCCUGCUAGCGGAAUCUUUGGGUGGCUAUGAAUCCUUAGCAGAAUUGCCCUCAGUGAUGACACAUGCUUCUGUCCCAGCUGAUAUAAGAAAAGAGCUUGGUAUUGGAGACAAUUUAAUUCGUCUAUCUGUUGGUUGUGAAGACAGUCAAGAUUUAAUUGAUGAUUUGGAUCAGGCUUUGAGUGCUGCUAUUGUUAGUAAUUUUUAUUUAGAAAUUUGGGGAAAUAAUGAGUGUUUCUGACUAUGGAUGCGGACUAGCAAAUAACAUUAAGUCAUGGAAAAAAUAUUUUACCUCAAACUGGAACGUUAGAAGGGGUGUGCCUCUCAGCCUAUAAGUAGUGUGAAAGGAACAUGCAAGUUGCACUAACGUAUUACCUCUAUUAGAAUACCCCUUUUGCCCCUUCUCUAAAUUUCUUCUCAUUAUCCAAAGAAUAAAUAAAAUUAAUUUUAGGGAAGAGGACACUGAUGAAGACAGAACUCUAAACUUACUAUCAC